AUGGCUAGCGCAAGCGAAGUUGCGCUGGAUCCUUUGAACGUUAGCCUUCGACUUGAUCGUGUAACUGAACUGUUCAGAGAUUAUGAAACUCUCACCGAUGCAUUGACGGAAGAAGAUGAAAAUCAUAGUGAAUUAGCUCAAGCCGAAAUUCUUCAAGACGAGUACUACAAUAUGGCUGCAAGGGUAAAAUCAGUUACGGUCAGAAAUUCAUCGAUUGCUAGUACAACGAACAAUUUCGGUGCGCCUGUCGGCUCUUCGACUAUAAUCGAACGCCAACAAUUGGUUAAAUUACCAGUAGCAAAUUUACCGCAAUUCGAUGAUAUAGAUGAAUUGAACAAAUUUUUAUAUCUCAGAGAUUGUUUGAAGGGACCUGCAUUCAACAAACUUUCUUUAUAUGACACAAGUGCUGGUAAUUACGUUCGAGCUUGGGCAGCAUUAACUGACGAGUACGAAAAGAAGCGCGUGUUGAUAGCAAAACAUUAUGACGGCAUUCUAGAUAUUCCUAUUCUCAAUAUUGCGUCAUCCAAGGAACUUAUCAAGAUGAUAGACGAAGCACGUCAACACGUCAACAUGCUUGAAUCUUUAAAGGUGACAUUGGACAAAGGAAUAAUAGUAAGAAUAAUCGAGAAAAAACUUCCGAUGGAGAUUCGAACAAAAUGGGAGGAAUCUCUUAACUUCGACGCAUUUCCAACGUUUGAGCAGCUAUGCAAAUUUGUUAGCGAAUCUGCCUUCAGGAUAAGUGCUUUAGAAACGCAUUCAGUGCGAGAUCAUAUAUCUACAAAUAAUAAACGUCGCCAAGAACAAUCAAACAAUUACCACAAGUCGCAGAAAAUCGCUGGAAUGGUUCCCGACGAAGUGUUUCCACGCGAAACAAUUAAAUUACCUUCAAAUAUACGAUUGGCUGACCCUUUAUUUCAUUUGCCAAGAUCAGUUGAUAUUUUAAUAGGAGCAGGCAUAACAUUAUCUCUGCUUAGUGUUGGACAGUACAACUUGUCAAACGAUAAAGGUGACUUGAUUUUACAAAAGACACAGCUCGGUUGGGUUAUAGCCGGCGGUCAAGAUGAAAGAAAACAUCGGGUUCGUGCAUCCUGUAAUCUCUCUAAUCUGUCGCAGCAACUUGAUAAAUUUUGGGCCAUCGAAGACUUGAAUGCUGAUAAGGUAAAAUCUCUUGAAGAAACACGGUGCGAAAACCAUUACAUUGAAAACACAACGCGAAAUGAAGAUGGUCGAUAUAUUGUACGACUACCCUUUAAACGCAAAACCGAUGAUCUAGGUGAUUCAAGAACACAAGCAUUGCGUCGAUUUUACGCACUCAUGAAUAAAUUUGAGAAGGACCCAACUUUAAAAAUCGAAUACAAUAAGGUUAUGCAAAAUUACAUUGACACGGGACAUAUGUCUUUAAUCACCGAUGAGUCAAAAAAUGGAUAUUACUUGCCUCACCAUUCAGUAAGAAAAGAAUCAAGCAGCACCACAAAAUUGAGAGUCGUCUUCGAUGCAUCCGCAAAAUCGAGCAAAGGAUUUUCUUUAAAUGACACGUUGAUGACAGGGCCCACCAUUCAAGCAAAAUUAUUCCAACAUUUAUUACGUUUUCGAAAGUAUGUUUAUGUGAUUACGGCUGACAUUGCGAAAAUGUAUCGCCAAAUUUUAAUCCAUCCUGAGGACAGACGAUUUCAAAGGAUAUUCUGGUUUGACAAAGGUGAAAUCAAAACUUAUCAGCUAAACACAGUUACGUUCGGAGUUUCUUCUGCACCGUAUCUUGCCAUUCGGACGUUACAACAAUUGACCGAAGACGAAGGAUCCAAAUAUCCGAAUGCUAGCAAAAUUUUGAAAAACGAUUUAUACGUAGACGAUUUACUCACAGGCGCAGAUACAUUGACAGACAUCAUAAAAAUACGUGAUGAAAUCAUUUUAUUACUUAAGUGCGGAGGGUUUGACAUUCGUCAAUGGGCUUCAAACCACCACCACGCACUUGAUAAAAUUGAAGAUAAAAUAGUUAAUCUGGAUUGCAUAGUCGAAACAAACCCAGUAUUGAAAACUCUUGGCAUAGUAUGGAACUCACAAAACGAUAAAUUACUAUUCAAGUUUAAUUGCUCGCAGCCAUCAACGAAAAUCACAAAAAGAAUAAUUUUAUCGGAAAUUGCAAAAAUAUUUGAUCCUUUGGGUCUCAUCGGUCCUGUAGUACUUCAUGCUAAAAAAUUAGUUCAAGAGUGUUGGAAAAAUAGACUCGAUUGGGAUGAAUCCGUUACACAAGAAUUAUACACUCGUUGGAAUACCUUUAGAAAUGAGUUACCACUACUUCAAGCUUUAAACAUUGAUCGACGAUUGUUAAUUGACGACCCAGUUCACAUUGAGCUACAUGGAUUUUGCGAUGCAAGUCAACUUGGGUACGGAGCUUCUAUAUACGUACGAUCAACAAACAGGACUGGACAAGUAUUAAUUCGUCUUGCAUGUUCCAAGUCGAGAGUCGCACCACUAAAAAAUGUAACAAUACCACGACUAGAACUGUGUGCGGCAGAAUUACUAGUACGCCUGUAUCAAGAAGCUGAUUUUAAGUCUAUGAUGAUCAUCAAAGAAAUAAUAUUUUGGUCCGACUCAACGAUAGUGCUACAAUGGUUAAACAAAGAUCCACAAAUUUUGAAGAUAUUUGAAGCCAAUCGCGUUGAAAAGAUUCAAAAAUUCAAGGAUGAAAUCAAAUGGCGUCAUAUAAGAUCACAAGAUAACCCAGCAGACGCUCUUUCACGUGGACAAUACCCAGCAGAACUCAUGCAAAAUCAAUUAUGGUUCAAUGGUCCUGCAUGGUUAAAACGGGCAUCUAGCGAAUGGCCACAAGGUUGUGAUGAUAAUACUACAGAAUUACCUGGCUUACGAAAUAUAGCAUGUCUCACUACGCAGAUAAAUAGCAGUGACAUUCUUCAACGAUUCUCAAAUUAUUCUAGACUUUUGAAUGUUAUGUCAUAUUGUUUUCGGAUUUUACCAUCGAAUUCUUUAUAUCGAGAUGUCAAAAUUACAGUAGAAGAAAGAACGAAUACAGAAAGAAAAGUUAUCAAAAUAAUACAAGGAGAAUAUUUUGGACACGAAAUUCAAAGAUUGUCGAAUUCCAAGGGUAUCAAAGAUUCUCGCCUUGCCGCACUAAAUCCAUUUAUCGACGAUCAGGGACUUUUACGUGUAGGUGGGCGAUUACACAACGCCACAAUAAAGGAAGAUAAGAGACAUCCGAUAUUACUGCCGUCAUACCAUCCCGUCACAGAUUUAAUCAUCAAGGAUUACCACAUUUGGCUGCAUCAUGCAGGCAUUCAAACGACACUCAGUAAUCUUCAUCAUCGAUUUUGGCUGCUCAAUGGAAGAAACCAAGUACGAAAAAUUAUUCGUCACUGCGUGACAUGUGUUCGACAUCAGCCUGUCCCAUUGCAAGCUCAAAUGGGAAACUUGCCAUCACCUAGAGUUCGCCAAGCGUAUGCCUUUGAAAAUACCGGCGUCGAUUAUUUGGGACCAAUUUAUAUAAAGGAAAGAAAAUUCCGUAAUCGCACUCGCUUGAAGGCAUAUGCAAGCGUUUUCAUUUGUAUGGCUUCUAAAGCAAUCCACAUAGAAAUCGUUAGUGAUCUCACGACUGAAGGAUUUUUAGGAGCACUGCGGCGUUUUAUAGGCCGACGUUCUCGCCCUACGCAUAUAUAUUCCGAUAAUGGAACGAACUUCGUGGGAGCGAACAAUCAAUUACAGGAACUUCACGUUUUACUCAAUUCAGAACAAUUUCGCAAUGUUGUUACAAACUUCGCAACUCGAGAAAAAAUAACGUGGCAUUUCAAUCCGCCACUCUCCCCUCAUUUCGGUGGCAUUUGGGAGGCCGCUGUCAAAUCUUUCAAACAUCACUUCAAACGAGUGAUAGGCGAAAAGUUACUCACAUUCGAAGAAUUGAACACUUUUGCCAUUGAAAUCGAGGCUAUCCUGAACUCAAGGCCAUUGUGCUCAUUAUCAACUGAUCCUAAUGACGCUUCUGCACUGACUCCCGCCCAUCUGUUAAUCGGUCGUCCAUUAACAAUGCUACCAGAAGAAAACUUGGAAGGGAUUCCUGAAACGAGAUUGACAGUAUGGCGUUUCAUUUCCCAAGCUCGACAACAUUUUUGGAAAAGAUGGCAUGUGGAGUAUUUGAGCGAACUACAAAAACGCCAAAAAUGGUAUUCAAGCUCAGGAGAGCUUAAGAUCGACAGCAUCGUAAUAAUCAUUGAAAAAAAUACUCCUUGUAUGCAGUGGAAAUUAGGAAGAGUCAUCGAAGUUCACCCAGGAACUGAUGGAAUUGCACGCGUUGCCACGAUCAAAACAGCUCAUGGAAAUUUCAAACGCAACAUUACACAACUGUGUCCUCUGCCAAUUACUGAUUGA